AUGAUCGACGAUCCGCGCGCUUUCCUCACCGGCCUGUUCGAUGCGGCCAUCGCCGCCGCCGACCCGGAGAUCUGCAUUGCCGCCAACCUGCCCGCCCCGCCCAAGGGGCGCACGGUUGUGGUCGGCGCCGGAAAGGGCGCGGCGCAACUCGCGCGCGCCUUCGAGCGGCACUGGCCGGGUGCUCUCGGCGGCGUCAUCGUUACCCGCUAUGGCUAUGCGGUGUCCUGCGAGCGCAUCGAGGUUCUCGAAGCCAGCCAUCCCGUGCCGGACGAGGCGGGCCUUGCCGCCGCGCAGCGCCUGAUCGACACCGUUUCCGAUCUUGGCGAGGACGAUCUGGUCGUGGCGCUGAUCUCCGGCGGGGGUUCCGCGCUUCUGCCGGCGCCGCCCGAAGGAUUCACGCUGGCAAACGAGAUCGCUCUCAACGAGGUGCUUCUGGCCUCGGGCGCGCCGAUUACGGUGAUGAACGCGGUGCGCAAGCAGUUCUCGCGCAUCAAGGGCGGGCGGCUGGCCCUUGCGGCGCACCCGGCCCGUGUCGUCAGCCUGAUCGUCUCGGACAUUCCCGGCGACGAUCCGGCGCAGGUCGCCUCCGGCCCGACCGUGCCGGACACGGUCUCGCGCGCCGACGCGCUUGCGAUGAUCGAUGCGCAUGGUCUUGAGCUGCCGCCGGCGAUCGUCGGGCACAUAAGCGGCGCCGCCGAAUCGGGCGUCACACCGGACGAUCCGCGCCUUGCGCGCAACCAAGUGCGCAUCAUCGCUUCGGCCGGCGUGUCGCUGGAGGCGGCGGCCCGGGCCGCGCGCGACGCGGGGAUUGAGGCCGUGAUCCUGUCCGACGCCAUCGAGGGCGAGGCGCGCGACAUCGGGGGGAUGCACGGCGCGAUCGCCCGCGAGGUGGCGCUGCGCGACCGGCCGUUCGCCAGGCCGGUUGUGGUCCUGUCCGGCGGCGAGACGACGGUGACGGUCCGCGGCAAGGGCAAGGGCGGCCGCAACACCGAGUUCCUCUUGGGGCUGGCCCAGACGAUCGACGGCGUCGACGGGGUGACCGCUUUGGCCGCCGAUACGGACGGGAUCGACGGGUCCGAGGACAAUGCCGGUGCGUUCGCGGACGGGGGAAGCAUCGCCCGCCUGCGCGCCACCGGCGGCGAUCCGCAGGCUUUUCUCGCCGACAACGAUGCCUGGUCGGCCUUCGACCGGAUCGGCGAUCUGUUCGUUCCGGGUCCGACCGGCACCAACGUCAACGAUUUCCGCGCGAUCUUCGUGCGCUGA